AUGGAGAACUACAUACUGUACGACGAAGUUGGUCGAGGUGAACAUUCUGUUGUGUACAAAGGCCGGAAAAAGGGGACAAUCGAGUUUGUUGCUAUUCACUGCGUUGAAAAAUGCAAGCGUUUUGAACUUCGAAAUAUUGUUCGGCUUACCCAUGAAAUGGACCAUCCGAACGUUGUCAGGUUUCAUGAAUGGUAUGAAACUACAAACCACAUUUGGAUGGUCGUUGAGUUAUGUACUGGGGACAGUUUAGAUGCUGUCUUGUCGCAGGAUAAACGACUUCCAGUGGAAACAGUCCGACAUUUUGGAGUAGAAAUCGCAAAAGCACUUUUCUACAUCCACUCUCAGGGGAUUCUGUAUUGUGACUUGAAGCCGUCGAGAAUAAUGCUUGAUGGAGCAGGGAUCCUGAAAUUAAGUGACUUUGCUUUGGCCAUGGUUGAAGGAGAGGAUGAUUUUUAUGAUGUUUUGCGAGGGGAGCACAACUCCGGUGCAGAUGAUGAGGACCAAAAUUAUAGUAACAAAGAGGAGGGACAAAUUAAACGGCCUAAACCAUCACCGCAUUACAUGGCCCCUGAGGUACUCAGUGGGGCACCUCACUCUAAGGAAGCAGACUUGUGGUCAUUUGGGUGCAUUUUAUGUGAAAUGUUCACUGGAGAACAACCAUUUGUGGCUGAUUCCUUUCCAGAACUUGUAUCAAAAAUAUUAAAUGACAGCUCACCUCACGUCAAUAUAAAAACAGAGGGUGCGGCAAACAGGGCAUUGCAAGAACUUGAAGAACUUAUACAAAGUCUUUUGCAGAAGGAUCCUUUGCAACGCUUAAGUUGGGAGGAUUUGAUAACACACAGCUUUUGGGAUGGCUUAUUGGAAAGCCAGUUAGAUUCUGGGGAAAAUGCUCAAACAUCGGCAGUUGAAGAGCAAGAGGAAUAUCACACAGAGGAAUCAGAUGAAGAAGCUAGUGGAAAUGCAAAUGAACAGGUACAAAGUGAGGAUGUCAAAGAAAGUAAAGAAGAUGCAAUUAAAGACAGUCAACUGCUAAAUGUGCCAGAACAAAAUUCCUUAGUGAUCAGGCAGGGAACCUACACUUUCAGUAGCGGAUCCCUUGCCCAAACUGCUGAGAGUGAAUUCUUAGGAAAGACACAAACUCUUGCGAGAAGAACAAAUUCAGAAGAUCAGAAAAAGAGUAUUCAGUCAGUAAGCUUCAGCAGUAGGACAAAACAACACAAUCAAAAGGAGGCAAAUGCUGAAGCUUCUAACUCAAAGAUUAAAAAAUCAACACCAUUGAAAAGGAACCAAACAUUUAAUAAGAAGGAUUUCAAUGGAUUGCAGCAAAAUCAGCAUAGUCAAUCUAAAAAUGUGGAAUCAAACACUGCAUUGGUGGGCGACUCACAAGGGGUACAUGAUAGGGACAUGCUAGGGCAAAAGGGCAUUACAGACUUAGCUAACCACCCUUCAGAUUUUGUUGUAACACCAAUUGCAGACAACCCUAAAAUCAAGAAGUUCUCUCUUCCAAAGUGGGAUUCUAAAUCAUUACCUUGUCAACCACUUAAACCAGGCGAUCUUGUGGACCUUCCACAAGCAAAAUUUGAGGAACACUUAAGUGCCAUCAGCAGCUUAUUAUCUCAAAGUGACAAAUCUUAUACUGGGCCUAUGGCCACUCUUCACCGAAAUAAACUACACACCUCGUCUUACCUAGCAUCCCUCUGCCGAGAUGGAGAGAUAGCGAAUGCUAUAUUUGAUUCUGACUUCAUUGCUGUAAUGCUCAAACAGAUCAAGUCUGGCUUUUCUGCAGAUUUCAAAGCAAGGCUGGGUAGGUACAGUGUAAAUGUGUAUUAAAGCUUACCCCAUUCAAGCAGAGCAUUUCCUAAAGGAAAUGAUAUACCACUGCUAUCUCCCCUUACAACUCCAUAAUCAUCUAGCUUUGGAGGUGUGGUGGCAGAGCAGUUAACUUCUUGAAUUUCCUAUCUGUACGUCAAAGUUCAGGCAUUUCUAUCACAUUGUUUCCUUCGUCAAGAAACUUCUUCACUUCAGGGGCGGAUCCAGGAUUUUUUUUAGGAGGGGGUGCACUUGUCUCUUGCUCUACUUCAACACCAAUAAACCACAUAGGUUUUUUUGUAGAAUACCAGUUGCAUUAGAAAACCGCAGGUCAUCUCAGGGAGGGGGGGAGGGGGUGUGCACCCCCUGCACCCUCUCCCUAGAUCCACCCCUGCACUUUGUCUCUCUUCACCCUGGGCCCACUUCUUUAAAAGGUGGAGAAUGCUAUCCACUGGAUAAAUCUCUGACCAAUGGAUAAUGCGUUGGUUUCACUAAUACUUAUCCACUGGAUAGUGACAUAGCUGCUGCUAUCCAACAUUUGAGCAACUGGGACCAGGGCCCGGUUCCUGAAAGGGCGAUUACUGCUAAUCUAGGAUUAAAAUUUUGUUCCACUUUUUGUAUUUACCUUCCUAUGCAUUGCUUAGAGUUAAACAUUUUGUGUUAUCAUUUCUGUAUCACAGGGCAAAGGCUCAAUGGUAUUUUGUAAGCUGGAGUUACAUGUUCUUAGACAAGAAAACCUUUCUCACCUACCUUACCUCCUAGCUUCAAGUUCUUGUUAGAAGAAGUGAUUCUGGAAAUACUGUAUACCCCACUGAAUAUCUGACUUCCCUGAUAAGUGCUACUGCAAACAGUAUGGUUUUGCAGAUUUUAUCCUUAGUUCACAAGUUAGAUGAAUAGGAGGUGUCCUUGCUUUGGGAGGUAACCCCACUGGUUGUGUUUACUUUUAAAAACGUGUGGAGUUUAGCCAGUGAUCAUGAUACUCUAUCUUUAAAAUGCUUUUGUUUUCACUACAUUUUCUAGGUUACGCACUGAGCCUCUUAGCCGGUAAUGCUACAAUGAUUUCUGAGGACUUCAACAUGACAGAAGUGUUUACAGUACUGACAGAAGUGAUCAGAGACAAUUUUAGGAAUGCAAAACUUAAGCAACAUAUCUUGCCAGCUUUAGGAGAGUUUCUUUUCUAUGCUGCUACUCAAGAGGAAAAUCUGGGAGACUCAAUUCCACAGUGGGACGUACCGGGUGAGGCUAAACAGAUUUAUAUUAUUUUGUAGACAUGCAAUGCAAGAACAAAGUUAUUCAGUAAAUUUCAAAUUCUUCAAACUACCUUGGGAAGGGCAAAUUGGUUCAAAUUAUCAGGAGCUUUGAAAGUCUUUGAAAAAUUGAGAGUAAAACACUAUUACUGUGUUUGACUAGUGAAAGAAAGUUAGGUUUGCGUCAAAUUAUCACAAAUUUAAAAAAAAACUGAGGGUUCAAAAAAUUGGGAUACUACUGUACCUUUCGGUACCUUCCUUUCUUCCACCACCAAAUCUGCUAAAAUUUUACGAUCCACAGAUUCUUGUGCUUGUUGAAAGUAACAGCACAUCAAUGUACUUUUUCAUUUCACCAUAGCUAGACUAUUCCUCUACUUAAUUUGCCUGAAACUUAACCUAUUUCUUGUUUGCUUCCAAUUUUGUCAUCUCGAUUAGUCAUGAUCUUGGGUUGAUUUUUGUAGGAGUUACAUACACCAUCAUCACUAGGUGUCUUCAUGAAGGAGAAGAUAUCACAGUCCAACACUUUGCAGCCAAGACUAUUGAAAACGUGGCAUCAACCAAUGGUAGACAUUGCAGCAAGUUUGCCACAAAUGAAUCUGCUCAGGUCAGGAUAAUAAAUUUAAUAAAUUUAAUUUAAUAAAUUUAAUAAAUUUAACUUACUUUAGUGUGCUUUUGAUGAAGAGAUCAGUCUUUUAUACUUGCAUUUUGCGAUUUUCCCAUAAAGCAUGAAAUCCAAAAACGAAUUUGGAUUUAGAUUUGGAUUUGAUAAGUUACAUUCCAUCUUAGAGAAGUGAACAGAAGUCUGAAAAUCAAAGUCAAAACAUGGAUUUCCCAAUCAAAAACAUCCUUCAGUUGGAAGAUUGCAGAUGAGUAGUAAUUCUAUUUAAGUCAAAAAAUAAUCCUGGUGUUUAAUGUAAUUAACCACGUUCAUAAAGUAAACUUUCCACUAAAAGAAAAUUCAUUAUGGAAACUUUAGAUGUAGUGGGGAUAAAUUGACUUCAUUUACUCAGUUGAUAACAAGGUUCUUAGAGGUGGCACUGGACCAAUCCUCCUCUAUGUUCACCAUGUGAGGCUCUCUGCUCUGAACCUGUAAAUUGUAGGGUGCCCAGCAUAUGAUUUCUAUGAGAAGACUAAGAUUUCCUAGUCACCCAGGGCAAACCUUAGGUGUCAGGGGCCAAUGGGUCCUGCUAGAGAACAGCCUUGAGAAAAACCCUUGUACUGCCAUGUUGUACUUGCAACACCUGCACUCUGAGCUGUUUGUGAUAUUUUGUUGGAAUUGGUAAUGUUAUAUUUUUUUAAUGGAUAGUACUUAACUUCAAGAACCACUAUUCAUGGCUUCAGUGCUAAACUAACAUUUAGUGACAGUUUGUGAGAUUAUUAAAUAUUUUAACUUUUUCUUCAGCUCCUGUGGAAGUUGUUCACCCACUGCACAGUUGAUGCUCAGAAGGUCACAGCUAUUUCAGCACUCAGUCGUUUGACCAGUCACUCUCCCACUGUCUUUCAACACGUGAUCGAAAAGGCAGGUUUCAAGGCAGUUGGCUCUGCUCUGUCCAGCAGCGUGUCAAAGAUUCAGCAGUGUUUGGUAACCAUGUUUGUGUUGUUACUGUCCACGAGGCCUCAGAUGCGAAGGCUUGUCCAAGAACGUGAUUUGAUCGCAAAAGGUCUUCACCUAUUUGAAAGCCAAUCCAUGGUUAUCCGCGGUAAAGCCUUUCUGUUGGUUCUGACCUUGGUUCAGUCUAGCCCUGAGGCACUUCUUCUGUGCUGUCAAUCCAGGCUUGUCAUGUACAUUGAACGGAAUAUAAAAAGGGGUACUCCAAUCAAGGGAGAGAGCCGUGAGAACCGGGACUAUCUCCUGCAGUGUCAGAGCAUGUGUGUGUCUGCCAUUGUAGACGCAGCUCCUGGUAUCCUCUCGGAUGUGUUAGCAUCGUUAGAAGCAGUCCAAGGCCGGAAACACCCAUCAGCUGGGCAAGCCAAGCAGCUCCGGAUACACCUCCCACUUCUCUCCAUCAUUCUCCACCUUGUCACAAGUCACGCCUUCAGAACGCACAUAACGAAUAAAGAAUUCCUGAUAAAUGUUGGCUUACUGCUAACACAUGUCAUCACCAUCGACUCUGGCAUCACUAGCAUAGGCUCUGCAGCAGGUCCAAAUGCCGCCGAAGAUCUCAUCAAUGUGGUGUUGUCCAUUGCGGAGGCCAUCACGCAACACCCUCCGAUACUCCUCGACUAUCACUCUGUUGUCACGCAACACCUCCUCCCUCCUCUUGCUGCGUUGAUGAGCAGUUCAAAUGGUGACACAAGAGUGUUAAGUUUCAGGAUGUUUGCUGAUGUAGCGUCGCUGUAUUUUGAUAACCAGAAUGUGUACAGUUCCUCCAGCAAUGUCGAAGGUGUGUCGGCAAGUACCAAGAAACUGAACGAGGUAAGAUGCAGCCAGUUGGGAGUAGCGUAACGCAGAAUAAAAGUGGGUGUUGCGGAAACCAUUGUUGGUUCAUUUUUGUGAUAUGGUGUGGGUAUUGUUCCGUGUGUUUUUUUAUUGAACCCGUUCGCACCGCAAUACCAAGAAACUACCUUAAAAGUAGGAUUUGGGACCUUGAGGAGAGGGGGGGGGGGGGUGGUAAUGAAAAGUGUAAGUGAGGUAAUUCCCCGGAAGCGAAUAUAUCCCUUACAUUAACAUCAACUCUAUUAAGAGAUAAAACGGUGUAAAAACCCAUCAACGAGCAGGAAUUUAAUUAUUCCUCUUGAGGCGCACUAUUCGUACUUACAACGAAAAAGCAACUGUUCUUUUAGCGUCUGUGCAUGACGUGAUGGGCAGAGAAAGACCUUACUUUCCCGCUCGCUCUCCAUGACUCUCAUUUUCGUUCGUUUUUGUGAUAGAUUGAUCGUGCUCCUUCUGGUGGAGGGUAGUUUUGUCACUAAUAUUCAGCUGACUACUGUGUUGCAGUGUUACUGUGUUGCUAUUAGGGAGAUUACGUAAAGACGUUUUUAACGACGCACGUCACUUCUGCUUGACGUGCAUAGCUAAAACAUCGCUCCCUAUUAAACCAGAAUGGACCAGGGAAUGGACAUAAAGUAGCCUGACAUUUGGAGCGUUUUGGAAAAUCGUUUUCUCCUGAUUGCAUUUUUUUUUCUUUUCAACAGGUCAUCAGUGAUCAUCUGCUACCCCAGUAUCACCUUAUUCUUCAAGACCAGGAUCCUUUACCCGCGUAUGGCCUAAAGCUGUUGCUAUCCUUUCUUGAGCGAAGCCCUGACAUCGUUCAUACGGUCAUCAAACAGGAGCUUCUGGUCACUAUAUCCCAGAUCCUCCAGUCCCACGCCGGUCAGCUCGACAGGAGCAUGGCACAGAGUGUAGUGGGCUUACUGGACUGUUUGGUCUCGGCUAAAGAUGUCGACGUGUCUUCAUUGUACAACCAGGGCUUGAUUGACGGCCUCGUCUCUCUCUUUGUUGACGUAGCGGAAAGUCAAAACGAUGAAAAUUCCCCUGGGAGUGAUUCCGCGGCAGCCAUGUUGAUUCCGCUUCUUGAUGCUUUGAACAACACAUUGAAGUUCGUCUCUAGAGAAGUUCGCAAAGCUCUUCAGUCUAAAACCGAGUCUGCAACCGAAAAUUCUGGUCAAACUCAGUUAGCGGAGAAACUUCUUGUUGAGAGUAAACCGCUGGUCGAAAUGACUGGUGUGCUUAUAAAUUUUCUCUGUCAUGAAGACCCGGAUGUUAGGGACAAUGCCUGUCGGUGCUUGUAUCUUAUGGUGGAACUGUUUGGCGCGAUAUACGAGGACGCCUUGAGUGUCGAAAACAUGGAGUAUUUCGCAGAGGCUUUGAAAACCGCUGACGUCAAGAAACAAAAACAGCUCUUGAGAAUAAUCAAAAGACUGCUGUCAUCAAAUGGGCAGCCAAAUGAUUUGAAAGGGGACGCACAAGUUCUCGUCGAUGUUCUCCAACAAAUUAUAAACUCAUCUGACUCCUCCAAUGCCGAAAGCGCUGCUGUUCCUGGUCUUGCGCUGGAAAUUCUCGCUAAAUUUGGCCUUACUAAAUAG